AUGAUGAUGCAUGGUUCCGUUCUUCUUGAUUUGCCACCAGAAGUAUGGCUUAAUAUUCUCAAGCACCUAGACUACCAGGAUUGGGAACUCGUAGGGUCAUCGGCUUAUUAUUUUAGGGAGCUUAUCAGAUGCAAUCAACGAUAUCUUUUCCAUCUUCGAGUAAAAGAUGCCGUCAAACCAGCAUUAUCUCGAAAACUUUUCUAUAGCUCAACACCAUUCAAUGAUAUCGGAGCAUCACAGGAAUAUCUCUUAAUUUCUGGGAAGGACCGAAUGGAAAUCUUGGGGCGGUCUCCGUUUAUUCAACAAAUCAUGAUGACCAAAGUACCGGGGAUAUACAAGGAGCUGGUUUUCAACAAUGUGGUUUCACAACAAUUGAUAUUGACCCGAUUUUUCCAAAAUAGAAACUUGAAGCUUCGUCUCAGCUUCCACUUGAUGAAUAGACCAUCAAAGAAGCAGUUAGUUGAGAGAGGGAUCUUGAAGUACGGAAACGGGGUUAGUGGGACGAUACAUGUGCUAAUCGGCGUACUAAAGAAGAAUUCCAUAGAAGAUAUGCUCCGAAAUUUUGUUAAGAGUUACAGAUACCACAACAAUUUAUGGAGAAGGCAAGAAAAAGGGGGAAAUGAUAUCCAAAUGAUCAUUAAACGGUUGAACAACAGUAAUGGGCAGUGCGAACAAACGCAUCGGAGCAUCGGAAAAGUCGAUGAGGAUGUUUUGAGGAGUAUUAAAAUACAAAACAAAAGAUUAAUGUUUGAAAGAAUGACAUGA